AUGAGCUACAUCGCCCGCCGUGGUCUCUCGACCCUGAUCCCUCCCAAGAUUGCGUCCCCCAAUGCCAUCGGCGCCGCCCAGGAUGCUGCUCGCAUGGAGCGUGUUGUGAACUUCUACGCCGGCCUUCCCCGUGGCCCUGCCCCUCAGGUCAAGCCUACUGGUCUCCUUGGCCGCUACCAGGCCCGCUACUUCAACAAGAACUCUGGUGCCCCUCUCCUGCACGCCAUUGCUGGUAUUCUGCUCAUGGGCUACAGCAUGGAGUACUACUUCCACCUGCGCCACCACAAGAACCACCCUCACUAA